GCGAGCGGAGGUGCGACUCUGCGCAGACGGAGCUGUCCUUCGUUCUCCUGGUGCUGAAGUCCGGCGCUCGGCGAAUCGGUCUUAAUCGGCUGCGGAUAUAAUCACCUCUACUAUAACUUAUUUUUGCUCUUGUGUGCGGAAAUCAUACUAUUGUGGAUUAAAUCUGCGGCUACCGUUCCUAAAUUUUGUUUCUUUCCAACUAUUAUUUUGUUUUAUCCGACUUGAAAUAUAUUUACUUGGAUAUCUGUGACCGGAUUUGCAGGGAAAUGCCAAUGAGGGCACACGUAUGGUGGAGAGCGCUGUCUUUGCUGGGAGUCUUGUUUCUGGGCACCAAGGGGAGACCAAGCGAAGACGGAUAUGGGUUGAAAGGCAACCAGCCACUAGUGAGGCUCCGGCAUAAGCAGGAAGGAAGUCCAGAGGGACUGCAAAUAAAAGGUUCUCUGGAGCACGACGGACACCCGGGACCCUGCGAGCAUAAAUACUGCGGCCUGGGAAGGCACUGCGUCGUCGACCGCGACACGGGCCGGGGAGAAUGCGCGUGCAUGCGGCACUGCAGGCCGCAUUACAAGCCCGUGUGCGGCUCCGACGGCAGCCUCUACGAGAACCACUGCGAGCUGCACCGUGCUGCCUGCCUGAAGAAGCUCAGGAUCUCCGUGGUGCACGGCGAGGAGUGCUUCUACAAAGAUGAUAAAUGCAGGCCAAGUGGAUACAGGGAGCUGCGGAACAAGGUCCUUGACCUGCAGAUGCAGAAGCAGACGAGAAGGGGCAACCGCCAGCGGAACGAGGACGCGAUGACAUCGAGGAAACAGCUGGUGGAGGGCAUGUUUGAGGACUUCGAUGCAGAUAGAACUGGACUGGUGGACAGCAACGAGUUAUCGCAGGUUCUUCAGCUCAGUCUGCCCGACGACCAGAAAGUUAGUGUCACCACAGCAACCGUGGGCCAGAGCGUGGUGCUAACUUGCUCUAUUGUUGGAAUGCCAAGACCUCGUAUUGUCUGGAAACGCAACAACCGCAUCUUAAAUACGCUGGACCUGGAGGAUAUGAAUGACUUCGGAGAUGAUGGAUCUCUGUAUAUAACCAAAGUGACCACGAUGCACAUGGGCAACUACAGUUGCCAUGCCGAUGGCUACGAGCAGCUCUCACAGACACUUGUUCUCCAAGUAAAUGUUCCUCCAGUGAUCCUGGUGCACCCGGAGAGCCAGGCCAGGGAGCCGGGUGUCACGGCCAGCCUGCGGUGCCACGCCGAGGGGAUCCCCAAACCGCAGCUCUCCUGGCUGAAGAACGGCAUGGACAUAGCAACAAAGCUGUCCAAGCAGCUAACUCUGCAAGCGAACGGGAGCGAGGUGCACGUGAGCAACGUUCGCUACGAGGACACUGGAGCGUAUACGUGCAUCGCCCGCAACGAGGCCGGGGUGGACGAGGACAUCUCCUCGCUGUUUGUGGAGGACUCGGGCAGGAAGACACUGGCGAACAUUCUAUGGCGCGAAGAAGGUCUGGGAAUUGCCAAUAUGUUCUAUGUGUUUUACGAGGAUGGGAUUAAAGUCAUUCAGCCGGUGGCGUGUGAAAUCCAGAGACACAUAAAACCCAGUGAGAAGCUGCUGGGUUUGCAGGAGGAGGUUUGCCCGAAGUCAGAAAGUUUCGCAGGACAGAAAUGCAUCUGGACGUCAGCGGUGAAUGUCAAGGACAAGUAUAUUUAUGCCACUCAGCCAACCUUGAACAGAGUCCUUAUUGUAGACAUUCAAUCACAAAAGGCCGUUCAGACAGUGAGCACCGAUCCAGUCCCAGUGAAACUGCACUACGACAAAUCCCACGACCAGGUCUGGGUUCUUAGCUGGGGAGACAUGGAGAAGACAGCACCUACUCUACAGGUGAUCAAUCAGGCCAGCGGGAGUGUAUCCCACCAUACCAUCCACACACAGCCCGUCGGCAGGCGCUUUGACAAGGUGGAUGAUUUUUUCAUCCCGAUGACCACCCUCAUCAUCAAUCAUGUCAGGUUUGGAUUCAUCCUUCACAAGAAUGAAGCAGCGCUUCACAAGAUCGACCUGGAGACGAUGUCCACUGUGAAGAAGGUUUCCCUGAAGGAACACGGCUGCGUUCCCAAGGCCCUUGCCUACACGCACCUGGGGGGCUACUACUUCGUGAACUGCAGACAUGCUGUGACGGGGGCAGCCAGGCCACAGCUUAUUCUGGAUGGGAUCACCGAUUCCGUUAUCGGCUACAACCGAGACAUCAGCGGCACUCCCUAUGUCUCUCCGGACGGGCACUACCUGGUCAGUGUCGACGACGAGGGAGGCCUCAUGAGGAUCCAGUCCAUCACGGUCAGGGGAGAGAUCCAGGAACCCUUCGACAUCCACACCAACCUACACAUCUCUGACGUGGCAUUCCAGCCGUCCUUCACCGAGGUCCACCAAUACCACGUGUUCGCCAGCUCAAGGCUACAGACCGACGUGCUGUACGUGGAGCUGGCCAGUGGGCAGGUCAAGAUGAUCAAAAGCCUAAAGGAACCAAUGAGAGCUUCGGAGUGGCUCUGGAACAGGAAGAACCGGGUGAUCGUGGACAGCGGCCUGUUUGGACAAUACUUAAUGACUCCUUCACGGGAGUCUCUCUUCAUAUUGGACGGCAGAUUGAAUAAACUUAACUGUGAAAUUACCGAUGUCCCCAAGGGUAACACAAUCAUAUGGGUAGGGGAGGCAUAGAAAUUCCAUUCUACUUAUUAAAAUUAUGGAUUUAACCAGCCUUGUAAUGUUUAAACUUAAGACCUACACAAAAGCUGUAUUGAACUCUGGGUAUUCUACUAAAUCGAGAUUUUUAUCCGCGGCAACAAUUCAAAAAGCAUACAUAUUUAUAAUAAGAAAUUCCAAUAUUGUGAGGACAUAUUGCAAUAGUCAUGUUGAAAGAAAACCUGUUAACGAUAGUAAUUACGAUGGAAAAUGAUUAAAUUAAAUAGAAUACGAUGCUAUGUCUAAAUAUUUCUUUACUUUCCGCAGACCUAAAAGGAAAUCACAGUAAGAGAACUGAUCACUGUGCUCUAUUGCUUUUUGUGCCUUGGAGGAAUAUACCUUCAAGAUGAAGAGCAAAUGAAACUAUUAUCUACAUUUGUAAGAACGGCAGUCCUAAGAUCAUCUUUCAGGUGUGAGAGGUCCAAUCAAAUUUGCUGGUACUGAGGCAGUACGAUCAUGACUAGAAAAUUAUUUCCCAGACCGAGUUCAAUGAUCAAAAUAAUGCCAUUUCCUUUGAAGAUCACUUUGAGGCAUGUGAUCUAAUCAGGAAUGUCGAUUAUAGCUUUCAGACAGUUACAAUUUUGCAGCUACUUAGAAAUUUUAAACUAAGUAUAAAAGAAAAUCAGAAAAUUAGUCCGCUAAUAAAAAAAUAAGGCCACUACAAAAAAAAAAAAAAACAUUAAAUGAAUCAUUUUCACAUGUUGUGUGAAGAUACAAUUUAUAACUAUUAUUUAAAAUUUGUGUCGGGAAAAUUCUAUUAACAUGGUGAAUUAAGGCAAGACUGAUGUAUCUAAAAUGUAAGAUUAAAAAAUGACUUGUUUGAUAGAAAGUAAACUCUGUUUAAAGGAACAUUUCAUCCAUUUGUAAGGUGACUAUGCUGUGCUUUAUCAAGGAGCCCAAGGUUUGUCGUGAAGCUUUAUUCUUAAGUGAAACUUAACAAAACGUUGGACAUCGGCAGAUCAGGGUGGAGGGGCUUUCAUUUCAGUCUUUAAAAAAAAUCUAAGCACAGUACCUUUUCUGUUUGUGCUUCAUAUUCAAACCCUUUUCCUGGGUAGAUGUAUUCUAUGCAUUUUCAUUGUUUUAUCCUUACUGAAUGGUUUUUAUUUUUAUGAUUACUUUUUUUUUCUUUUCUUCGAAGGCACGAUUCCAGUUUUAUGCCAUUUUAUUUUAGGUUAAUAUUAUAUACUGAGGCUUUAAAACUGAGGUAAUCAUCGAAAACUGUUACACUUUUCUAACCUUUUGUUUAAACUACACAGAGCUGCUCAGAUCUCACAGCUUUCUAAUCGCUAUCCUGUGAUAAAAUUUUUUCUAGUUAUGUUCUGUACAUAGACACUAAGUGGUCCUUUGACUAUCCCGCUCGUUAGUUUUCAUAAAUGUAUCUUAGUGUUUCUAAUUUAUAGGAACUAAAUUAGUUUCCUCUGUAAAGAUCGAAAACCAGAUUUUCCACCGUGACGCAGACGAAACAGUUUCAGGCGCACAUGGGUGAGUGAAACCGCAUCUCUCGAAUUGUGACGUCACCUAUUAUAGCAUUGUCUGUUUUACAUUUAGUCAUGAGUGCUUAUUCAUGUGGUUGCUAUUUAUGUAGAAAAUUGCUUGAAAUUGGGGGAAAAAAACAAUAAAACAUUACUUUUAAAACA